CGCGCAGAGCUUCUCCUUUCCUGCGGGAGGUCGAGGGGACCUCGCGUGGCUCCUCCGUCUCCUCCGUCUCCAUGUUGGAGUUCAGCGUGUCAGAGUCCGGCGCUGCUCCGCCGUCGCCCCAUUAAAACACUAUUUAUAACCGACAGGAGAAUUACUGGACGGGACGCGCGCGCGCGCACAGACACAUGAACGGGCGAGACCAUCCCGGAAAUAAGACGCGUACUCUCAGCCAGUCACGUACGCUCACCGAGGACGUGCGCUGCCGUCGGCUGCCGGAGGUCCCCCUGAGACGACAGGAUACAGACACAGCCCCUGUAGGCGCGGGAGGGUUCGAUGGGAGCAUGGACAUCCUUCUGUGUGUGUGGCAGAGAGACAGAUAGAACAUGACGCGAGGACGUGAGCUACGUGCGCAUCCAGCCGAUGACGAGAUGACAUGGAGCGCUCGGGACACGCGGAGCCUGUAAACCCGAGCCCGUCGCGCGCAGCGGCGUCAGCCGCGCAGGAGGGGAGGACGAGCGGCCCGCGGCUCGUCUGCGGCCCGGCGGACCGUCACCGGCCGCACCGGGGCGACAUGGGGCUCAACGGCUGCUGCGCGGCGCCGGUCGGGAGCCCGACGGCCGCGGAGCUGCUCGCAGGUCUGGCGUCUCAGACCGACUCACCUGGAAUCACGACCCCGACCAAGCUGCCGAAGACCGGCGUGCCGCCCUGUGGCGGCGGGGUGGUGUCUCCGUGCGCCACCGUGGAGGGGAGCCACGCAGGCGCUUUGGCGCACACGCCAAACGGUUACCCGGCACAAAUGGAGGGCGUCGCGGGGGUAACUGGUGACCCCGUCAGCCCCUUCACCAGCAGGGCCUGUCCGGUGGGUAACGGGGACUGGACGGCGCAUGAGAAGUGCCCUUUAGUGAUGAGGAGGCUCAAUGGAGACCUGAGAGGCAGACAAGUGCAACAGCUGAAACGCAGGGGAGGACAGAACCGGGACAUGGCCACGGAGACUCUCAGCGGCCUCGUGAUGGGGUCACCGGGGUCAGGAGGCUCUGUGAAUGCUGCCUCUGCUUCCAGAGACUGGGACUUAAAGAGGAGAAGGUUGGCAGAGGCGAGUGUCGCGCACAGAUCCUCAGAGGCCCCCAGAGCGGCACGAGCAGUCGCCCCUCUCACUGUCACUGUCAACUGCAGCAACAGUUCCCAUUGCAACCAAAUGACUAUCAAUCGUGUGCACUGUGUCACUCCCCAGUCUCCGUUCACCCCGUACACUAACCAGCACAAUGGACACAAGGCGCACACAGCUGCACCCAGCCAGACGUCCCCCUUGGAGGCUAAUGGAAUCCCGAACAUACGGCCUCCUACAGGGGCCGGCUGGUCAGCAGAGAGCAUAGCCCAGCAGUACAUCGUCCCCUGCAUGAAAUACUACGGCAUCUGUGUGAAGGACAACUUCCUGGGCCCUCAGCUGGGUGACAUGGUCCUGGAGGAGGUGGAGGCGCUGAACCGCAGUGGGGAGUUUCGGGGCGGGCAGCUGGUGAGCCAGAAGAGCAUUCCCUCUGGGAGCAUCCGGGGUGACCAGGUCGCCUGGGUGGAGGGACGCGGGCCUGGCUGCGAGAGCAUCGGGGCACUGAUGGCUCACAUUGACGAGGCCGUCAUGUACAGCGCUGCCAAUGGACAGCUGGGCGACUGUGUCAUCAAUGGACGCACCAAGGCAAUGGUUGCCUGUUACCCAGGUAACGGGGCAGGGUAUGUCCGCCAUGUUGACAAUCCUAAAGGUGAUGGACGCUGCAUCACGUGUAUCUACUAUCUUAACAAGAACUGGGAUGUGAAGAAACAGGGAGGGUUGUUGCAGAUCUACCCCGAAGGCAAAAAUGUGGUAGCCAACAUCGAACCUCUGUUUGACCGACUGCUCAUCUUCUGGUCUGACCGCAGGAAUCCACAUGAAGUCAAGCCAGCCUACGCCACUCGCUAUGCCAUCACAGUCUGGUACUUUGAUGCCAAAGAGAGAGCAGAGGCUAAAGAGAAAUACAGAUUGGCGACGGGACAGAAAGGUGUUCAAGUGCCUGUCACUCAAAACAGCAAGACAUAAAUCAUCUGUUCAGUGGAGAGCACUCUGCAAUAUUAUGUGCCUUCCUAAACUGCUAAUGGACGUCGUGAUGGUAAAGGGAGACGCUGUCAGAAACUGUCAGUCAUCUGCGGAACUCCACGCCACUCUGACAUGUUCAGUUGUCGAGUUCACGCCACGGGCUGUGAUGAUAUGUUUUCCUCCCCUGUGAUUGGGCGGCUGAUCAAAGUUACGGCAGAUAAAGAGCACAACAUAAUCAGAAUGACGUGCUUUGGCAAAAGAAGAAGAAAAGAAUCCACUCUGUCUCACUUUAUCCUCUAUGAAGACAACUAACUGAUGAAAAAAGACUACUGGAUAUAUAUAUAACUUCAAUUCAAACCCAAGGAGCAUAAAUGAUCAGUGGAGACAGUGGGGCAUGGAGGGAUGGGGGGGCAAGGAGUAGAAAUCGCUGGUGAUGUCUCUGAAAUUCCCUAUUUUCUCUUUACUGUGAUAUGGUCCCCUUGUCUCAUGGUGUGGGCAAGUGUGUGUGUGCGUUUGUGUGUGUGUGUGUGUCUGUGUAAAGACAGAGACAGAAAAGAAAUAGACAGCAAGGCAUCAGAUGAUAUAGUGUGAUAAUAAAGUGGAAAGCCCACUAUAUGAUGCCACUAUGGCACAUGUUCAAUCAGUCCUGGCUCAAGCACCAAUCCUGAACAUUACAGGGAUGUACUCACAUUUUAUAAUCAGCAUGAGGAUAACUCUCCACUUCAGUUUUACUCUGUAUAGCACACCAAGUAUAUUUCAAAUAUUGUUCCAGGUCUUUAUUACAACAUCUUCCUAACAAUGGAAAAAAUAUUUUGCAACAGCCUCAAAAUGUUAGUGCCACAAAAACCCAGAGAGUAAAGCAGGAUGGUUUCAUCAUUUUAGUAGGUGGUGUGUCUUAAACAUGUUUUUAAGUCUGAACUUGGAGUACACAAUGCUUUUCUACAUUCUUGAUGUGUCGCGCUCUCUGUCUGACUGAAACACACGGCUCACACUUGACACAAGAGGCAAGCUGUCCCAAGGCAGGGGUCAAAACAGGGUUUGUUGAGUGAGUAAUGUGUGUGCUGAGUGUGUGUGUGUUCACGCUCAUAUGCCUGAACGGAGAUAAAGCUUGACUCUCUCCAGCUCUUACCGUGAUGGAAACAGUGUGUAUAACUAGUGUGGCAAACCUGCCCAAAAACACUCAAACAAACAGAAAGAUGGACAACAACAGAUUAUUAAAAAAAAGGAACAAAAAUGAUGACGUUAUACUAAACAGUACUUAGCAGAAUGAUAACCUCAAUCAACCUGUACACCUACAAAGCACAGAGUUAAGCAUAAACAUAUGUGAACUGCAGGGGGGAAACCUGAGGGUAAAUAUGUACUUGCACAUGAAUGUGACAUAUUCCAAUGUCUUGAAGAGGGCUGCAGGUGUUGUCUCAGUGAAUAUUUGAUUGUUUAAAGAGAAGGUUAUUUUAAAAGCACUUUAUUGUUUGCAAUGCCAUGCGUGAAUGAUAGAAAACUAUAGCUAAAAUGUAGAUAAUGCCUUUAUAUGCUGUGGAUAAUGUGGCCAUUCAAAUGCAAUAGAGACUAAAACAAUGAGAACAAAUUGAAAUUGUUUUAGUAUUUAAUUAAAAGCUGUCUGUUUUUGUACACCAAGUGUAACUGAUUUACUGGGUGAAAACUGAACUCAGUCGCAACUUUAUUCAGAGCAAGUGAGAAGCACCAGACACAUGUUCACUAUAAGGAUCAAUUAAGUCACAUGAUACAAGAGGAAUCAAAAGAAAAAGGAAUUCAUCUGAGACAUACUAUCAAUGACGGGAACCAAGCUUGAUUAUUUAUACGUAUGUGACAUAUAGUUUGAGUUUGAAAGCAAAAACAAAAAGCUCACAUGUGGCUGUCAUUCAAGUAUUUAAUAAUAGCAGAACAGAUAAUGAUCAAGUAGAUAUAGAAUUUCUGAAGCUUUGUAUGUGGGAAUGCCUGAGCAUAUGUGUUGUAGUGAAAAUCCUGGUGGUGAUUAUUAAUAAACAACAAUAAGUGUGUUCUGUGA